AGACGGAACGUCCUCACUGCAGUCUGCAGUAAAUCCACCGGUACCUUCAGUGCGCACGAGUCGGCCAGCAUCCACUGCAGUCUCUUCUGCGGUCUUUUUGCAGGUGGAAUAUGGGCGCAUACGGGACCGCCACGAUGUCUGUGUGUCUGUGUAGGACCUUCUCGCCCUUCCUGAUGCUGUUGGUACUGUCUGCUUCGGCCGAAGGCAGCGUAGGACCGAGCACCAACAACAGCUUCUGCACUGAGUCCAAGGAGUGCCUGGAGUACCAGCUGGUGUGCAAAACAGACGAAUAUGAAGUGCGCCACUACAGCCCCACGCGCUGGGUGUCCACCGAUGCCGAGGCGUACUUCAUGGGGGUCGGGGCGGCCAUGGCCUUCAGGAGGCUCUUCCAGUACAUCACCGGAGCCAACGAGGAAGGUGUGCAGAUGGAGAUGACCACCCCAGUCCUGGUCAAAAUCCCUGAGGCAACCAAGAUGUGGGAACCAGCGGUGUACACUCUCAACUUCCCGCUGCCUGCAGCCUAUCAGGACAAGCCGCCCAAGCCGACCAAUGACAAGCUCUACUUCACGGACAUGCCCGACAUGGACGUUUACGUGCGGAGCUAUGGCGGAUGGAUGCUGUCGGUCACCUCCAGACUGCACGCUCAUCUGCUGACCAAAGAGCUGGACCGCGUCCGGGCCUCCUACAACCACACGUACCACUAUGGCGUGGGCUACGACAGUCCCUUAAAGCUCACCAACAGGCACAACGAGGUGUGGUACAUCGCCGAGGGGGAGCCAGUGUGCACGGACCCCCGGGAGCCCACCCCGGCACACCCCCCCACGGCCACGCCCACCGGGAAGGCCCCGUUUGCCGCCGCCCUUCGCGCACUCCGCGCUUCCCCGGCAAAGCCCUCCGCCCCCUCCAGCCGGGCCUCGGCCCCCCCGCCCUCAGGCUCCGCCUCCCCAGUGGGGCCCUCCAGCGCCCCCUCUGGGUCCCCUCUGAACCUGCCCGCUAAGACCCCCUCUCCGGUAACACGGGGGGCCGCGUUCACCCUCCCCUUCGCCUCCGCCCAGAGCCCCCUGGAGCCGUCGUCCACCAACUCCUCUGUCGGCCCCUCCCUGGAGCCCCAGACCGCCAGCGGGCCCCAGAAUUUCACGGGGCCCCAGAAUGUCACAGACUUCCAAACCUUUACUGGUAUCAGCAGCACCGCCACGGGGCCCCAGAAUGUGAGUGAGGUAACCACCGCCACGGGGCCCCAGAAUGUGAGUGAGGUAACCACCGCCACGGGGCCCCAGAAUGUGAGUGAGGUAACCACCGCUACGGGCCCCCAGAAUGUGAGUGAGUUACACACCAUUACGGGCCCCCAGAAUGUAAGCAUGGCACACAUGGUUACAGGCCCCCAGAAUGAUAGUACGUCACACACCGUGACGGGCCCCCAGAAUGUUAGUGACCCCCAGGCUGUUACCGGUCUGGACAGUGUUAACGGGGCCCAGAAUGAUAGUGAGCAGCAGGCCGUUACCGGGGCCCAGGAUGUGAGCGAACUUCAAACGGCUACCGGCCCCCAGAAUGUAAACGACUCGCACACUGUCACUUCCCCAGAGACCGCUACUGGUUCCCAGACCCGUAGUGAGCUGCAGAAUGACAGCGGCCCCUGGAACGAUACUGCUCAGGGCUACCCAGAGGCACAGCUAGACGAGGAUCUGGAGGUUAAGCUACCUGACACUCAGUAGCGACGCCACCGACUACUGGUUGGAACCACUCGACCACUGCAGACGCAAACAAAGGUGCAGAGGUGAUUGGUAAGAGGAGUAGUAAGGGGAAGAGAGACAGCCGUGAUAGAUGGUAGAGGUUAGGAAGUGUAAUUAUCAGAGGAAGAAGGAGGAAGGAAUGUGUUGGGAAACCUGCUAGUUUCUGCUUAAUGUGUGUCUAUGCCCCGCUUACCUGCCUAGUUUCUGUGUUAAUGUGUAUCCGUCCAUCUACUCCUAGUCGCACUUAGCCAAUGUGUAACUCCAUGUUACAUCACAGCUCUGUACACAUGGCUCAUAGAAAAAUACUAAGACACCUGUCCCAUGGCAUCGCAUAUUUACACACCGACCUGUUGAAGAGAGAACCUGUGUUGAAUUUGAAUAAACAGGAACAAAUGGGGGGUCGUGAUAGCACCUUAAUAGGAUUAAUUUCAACAAGAAGUACUUAAUGGCAUUGCUGAUUGUGUAAUUUUGGAAUUGACAAAACAUUAAGAUACGCAUUUGCUUUCGUUAAUCGUAUUCCUACGUGUAAGAUACAUGCUAGUCUAACUACUGGUAGCAUUCUAUACUGGAGGUCAUUCGAAAGGCAUCUCCAUGGUGUGAGCUAUUGAGUUGUGAAGUUCUUCAUGCUAUAUGGCUUUUACUGUCUGUGUGGGCUUUCCUUAUGUCAGGUGUUGCUGCGUAAUAGACAACUUCUCUUCAUCAGUUAUGUACUUUUGUGGUUUUUGCAAAGCGAUGUAACAAGUAUUUAUUGGGAUUUCUUGGCACUGUUUAUUUUAAACAUGCAGCGCAUUUCAGAACUGCCCUACAUAUUUACUCUCAACUGUUCCUCGUAUCGUUUUGCUUUGUCUCUUCAUCCAUCUUCAAUAAGCCUAUUACACUCGAAAAGUGCCUAUAAUUACACAGUUCUUUGGAUACAAAUUCAUAAAACGCAUCCAUUUCAUCGGAUUCAAUUCGGACGUCCUCAAUACUUUACUGAGCUUCAGUUGUUCUUUUGUUGCUGGUUUUCUUGUCUCCGUGUAAUUUGAAUUUGAUUGAUUUGCACACAUGAGACGACCGGGGCCACAUCAAUCAACGGAGCCCCUGUUAAGAAAGACAAUCUCAAAUCUGAUGCCCAGUUCACUUCAUGCUUGCAUGUGGAGCUGUGGUGGCAGGCCCCAACCACCCACGGUGAAGCUGUUGCGUCACUCCGCAUUAGUGAUAAGUUUGGAAUAUGUACACCACUGAGCUUCAUGUUUUAUGUACAAGGCAAUAAAAUAAUAAAACAAUUGUGGAAUUA